AUGGUGAUAGAAAUUGUCUUCAAUCAGUUUACAGAAAUCACAGAGGAUGAGAGACUCACCUUGACAUGUACGGAAGAAUUGGCUUCUGGAGUAACAUCUGUUUGUAAUUCUUUUCCAGCUGAUGAAAUCACUGAAGAAGUUAUGAAUAAAAUGGGUCUUUGGCUAUUUGAUUCGCUCGAAAAGGUUCAGACUUUGCAGACAAAGCUUAAAGGGCUUUAUCUUCGAGUUCCAAUGUUAAAUUUCCCCAAGACUCCUGCACUAGGCUUCAUUGAGUUUCUACAUAAAAAAUUAAAACAGCUGCUGAAGUGGAAUCUUGAUUCAGUCGCACAUUUGACCAAUCAUAUUGAAACCAUUUCUAAGGAUUUUGAGUUCUUGAUAUCUCAUUUAAUAGAUUUCAAAGAGAAGGGCGCAGAGAAUCACGGACUAAAGGAACUUUGUACACGUCUUAUUCAUGUGGCGCAUGAGGCAGAAUAUGCCAUUGAUUCAUUGGUGGUCAAAAGUGGUGAUGAAUGGAACCAAUUUCUGUGGCUUUAUCACAUCUCAGAAGAGAUCAGACUCAUUAAGAUGCAGGUCAGACUAUUUCAAGGCAAGGCCUUUGGUGUGGGAAUCCAGAAUGCUGUCCAGACUACAAGGCAUGAGAUUCCACGGAAUAGAGCCAGUGGAAAUAGUGAAGAUGUGUUCAUUCUCAAUGAUCAGCAGAAAGCAAUAGUUAAUCGACUUAAAAGAGGAUCACCGGAUAGAGAUGUUAUCUCCAUUGUUGGAAUGCCUGGAAUCGGUAAAACAACUUUGGCUAACCAAGUGUAUAAUGAUGUCGAAAUUGUUGGUUACUUCCAUAUUCGUGCAUGGUGUUAUGUUUCACAAGUAUAUACCAAAAGAGAGCUGUUGCUUGAAAUUUUGAACCACAUUGUUCAGCUUGCAGAUAAUAUCCAUGCAAUGGAAGAUGAAGAUUUGGAAUUGCUGUUGUGUCAAAGUUUGAGGAGAAAUCGGUACCUUAUCCUUAUGGAUGAUGUGUGGGAUACUGGUGCCUGGGAUGACUUACAGCGCUCUUUCCCAAAUGAUCAAAAUGGAAGUAGAAUUUUGAUAACCAGUCGGCUCUCUGAUGUUGUUUCUAAAGUUACGCUGGAAAGUGAUCUCUUUAAACUUAAUCCACUCUCCGAUGAUGAAAGUUGGGAGUUAAUAAGGAUGAAGAUAUUUCCUCAACAAUGCUGCCGUGAGGAAUUAUGGGAAGUUGGAAGGGAAAUUGCUAGAAACUGUCAAGGACUGCCUCUUUCAGUCGUUGCAAUUGCAGGUCUCCUUAAAGGGAGAAACAUGAAACCAGAAUCAUGGAAACAAAUUGCACGAAGUUUAAAUCCACUCAUCAUCAAUGAUCCUCAGACACGAUGCAUGGAAAUCUUUGAACUGAGUUACAAGAAUUUGCCAGAUUAUCUCAAAGCAUGCUUUCUUUACCUUGCAGUAUUUCAAGAAGAUAAGGAGAUUCCAGUUCAAAAAUUGACAUAG